AUGCUUUCCGCAGGGGAACGACCUCAGCCUGCCCACGCUCCCACAGUAGAUUCUACCGGGCCUGUCAGCAAGGCACGCACCAUGCCCAAUCUCACCAAUCUCGCCAACGGAGCUAACGGAGCUAACGGGACGUCCUCCAAAUCGCAUCUACAACACAUCUGGGUCGUGACCGGUCCAGCAGGAUGUGGAAAGAGCACCGUGGGCAAUGUCCUGCGCACCGAGCUGGGUAUCCCAUUCAUAGAAGGCGACGAUUACCAUCCACGUGCAAAUAAAGACAAAAUGAGCAAAGGCACUCCCCUCACAGACGAAGACCGCUGGGACUGGCUGAUCUCACUACGCCAAGCCGCUAUCGACAUCCUCUCCCCCACAGACAGUAACGGCUUCCACCCACCUGCUGGCGUGGUAGUGGCCUGUUCCGCGCUGAAGCACAAGUACCGGGACGUCAUGCGCGUGGCUGCCUAUGGCUCGCCCUUGGUGCAGAUCCACUUCGUCUACCUCAAGCUCACUGAGGAUGUGCUUAUGCAGCGCGUCUCGCAGCGCCAGUCUCACUACAUGAAGAGCUCCAUGGUGCAAUCGCAGCUUGCGGCGCUCGAGGAGCCCGAGAAUGAGUGGGAUGUUAUUACUAUCGAUGCCGGGGGUUCGAUGGGCGAGGUGCAGCGCAAUGUCAUUGACUCUGUCACCGAGAAGAUUGCAGAGUAUGUGUGA